GCAAAGAAAUACGAAAAAAAAACUAAAGAAAAAAACAGCAAUCAAUUCGCUUUUGUAAAGCUAUUUGAAAAGAGUUUUCUAAACGACUAGAAACAGUUCUCCGAGGACAUUCAAAGCAGGAAGACAUAGUUAAAUAGAAAUUAAUAAGCAACUUUAGAUAAAAAGCCAAAGAAAAAAGUAAUAUUAAAAAACAAAUCCCAAAAAAGAAAAAAGUAACGUUAAAAUCUACAAGAAAACCGUUAAGUGUGUUAUUGUGUUAAAAGCGUGUAGUCAAAAUCCCAGUGUUGUAUUUACAACUAUAACUAAAUUUGAAACAAAAUCCAAAAAAAAACUUAAAAAUCAAAAAGCAAAUUUUUGGAAUAAAAAGAAAAAUCCUUUUUAAUUUAUUAAAACAAAAAAGAAAGAAAACCUAAAAACUUCUUUAACAACAACAACAAAAAAGUAACAAUAUGUUUUCGAAUAUAACAAAUCAAUUCACUUCAUUGGUGGGUGCUGUGAAAGGUGGCCAAGGUGAUGAAGAAGUACCCGCUGCCAAUACACAAGAAACUGCAACCACAGCAGCCCCUUCAGAACAUCAUGAUGCUACAGCAGCAUCAACAGCUGGUGGUGAAUUGCCCGAAGGUGAAGAGGGUGCUAAGAGCUCAUCCUCAUUUGUAGAUUCCCUUGUUAAAGAAACAACUGGUUGGUUAGGCAGUGCCAAAGGUUGGUUGGGUAGUGCUUCAAUACCUUCAAUGCCGGCCAUGCCUUCAAUGCCCUCUAUGCCAUCGAUGCCAGCUAUGCCUUCAAUACCAAAUAUACCCGGUCUACGUAAAGGCGCUGAAGGUGAACCCGGUGCCGAGGGUGAUGCUGCUGCCGCUGCUGCUGCUGGUACAGCAAAUGCUACUGCUGCUGGUGAAGAAGAUGACAAAUCGAGGUACCUUAGUGCCACAGAGGGAGCCGAUUCCCAUCCAGCAUCCGGUGAUGAGGGACAACUUGGCGAAGAGGGUCAAAUUGGACAGGGUAAGGGAGAUGAUGUAAAAAUUACCACAAAAGUAACACAACAAGCUAAGCAUUUUGGUUCAUUUUUGACAUCAGCCUUUAGUGAAGCUGGUUCAAAGAUAAAAGAAACUGUUAAGAAAAACCCCAUUUUGGAAUCAUUUAACAAAGAACAAGAAGCGUUUAUUAAGGGCCAGGCUGGCGGUAAUGGUGCCGCUGUGGCCCCCUGGUCAGGGCUACCCAAUGAGGGCAAAAUUAAAGAGGAAAUUAUGGGUCUAUCACAAGAUCGUCGUAACUUUGUUCGAGCUCCACCAGCUGGUGUCGAUUUUGAAUUCAACUAUGAAACUGCUUAUCCAACGGCAAUCGCCAUCAUGGCUGAGGAUAAAAAUUUAGAAACUAUGCGUUUUGAAUUGGUACCCAAAAUCAUUACUGAGGAAAAUUUCUGGCGAAAUUAUUUCUAUCGCGUUUCACUAAUUAUCCAAGCUGCCGAAUUGGGUACACUUGGUGAAGAUGGUGUAGCACAAGCCUCAAGUGGUGAAGAUGUUAAAGAACAACAAUCUGUCAUUACUACUGAACCACUUAAAACCGAAACUUUUUUGGAUUCGAAAAAUCCUGAACAAAAUGUCAAGUUUGAGGAAAAUUUGUCUGCUACUAACAAAACUAAACGUUCCCAAUUGACUUCUGAAUCUGAAUUUGUGUCCGAUGCCUUUCAGAAUACCACUGAAAAUGAUUUAGAAGAAAUUAAAGAUGGCAUGCGUAAACUUGGUAUUGAUAGUAUGACCCAACAACAGCCAAGUACGGCAUUGAGUAAUAAUGAUGAGGAACAAUGGGAAAAAGAUUUAGAGGCAGAACUUAAAGAUUAUGAAGUUGUAGAUAAUGGCGCUAAAGAUGGUGGUGGCCCUUCUUCUACUACUACUACAACAACACAAGACAAUGACGACGAAUUACCGACAAUAUCAAACCUGCGCACACGUUCAAACAACGAUUGGGAAGAAUAUGCUGAUUUGAUUGAAGAUACCGAUGAUUUAAAGUAAUUAAGAGCUUAUAUCGUAGUUUUUUCUAAGUUCUUAAAGAAAUUUUAAUUUAUGUACUUGUUUUUUCUUUUUCUUGUUUUUUAUAUAUAUAUAUACAUAUAAUACAUAUAUACUUUUUUUGUGUUAAUUUUAAUAACCAUCACUAUAUACUUUUUUGAAAUUCUAAUGAUAUGAAAACAUAAUUAUUAUGUUUUUUUUUUUGUAAUAAAUUAAUAAUAAUAAAAAUGUUUAAUAUUAUUAAUAUUUAAAAUAUUAUUGAAUUCUAAAGAACUUUGAAAAGUUUAAAACGUGUCAUGUUGGGCUAUCCAUGAUGUUAUAUAAAGUCCAAUUAUGUUUCAAAAUUUUCUUUAAUAAAUUUAAUAAUUUUAUAUAUUUUAAUUAAAUAAAAAUUAAUAAGUUUCUU